AUGACAACCCAGCCGCAUGGCGUGCAUGCCGAUGAUUGUAUUGUCGCACCACUCUCAGGCUCACAGUCACCACUCGCCAAGCCAGGGGCUGCAUCCAAAAAAAGUAAUAACAAGCACCUCCUCAAUCCAAUCCAAUCCUUCGAACUGCAAACUCAUCAAGCACGGCUCGGCGCGUCACCCAUCCUGCUCCACUCCGGCCCGAUGGGAGACAGACACCCCUCCAUAGCCCUCGCCCCACCCGCACCCCGUCUCUUGGCCAACGACCUUCCCGCCGACCGCGACCCGGCAUCCGCACAGAAGGACAUCCUAUGGGACUUCUCCGAUGGUGGUGCCAAGAUAUGGAAGGAACCACAAGAUCAGGCCUCCAAGCUGACCUCCAAUCUCAAACGCCUAUGGGUCGAACGUGGCGAUUUCUCUCAAUUGACCAUCGAAAGCAUCGAAAAUCAGAAACAGAAAACUGAGCCAGAACCGGAAGUUCCAAAGCGCGGCGGAGAGGAUGCUACCGAAAACAAACCUUCAACAUCCUCCGAAACAAUAACGGUAGAUGAGUUGUGGGAAAUGAGGAUGCAGAUGGUCCAUCAGCUACUAGUCAUGAGUGGAGAACUGUCUACAGGAUUGGACCUGCUCAACACCCUCCUCGCCCCAUUGGCCCCCGAGGCAGUCGAUACCUCCAGUCUCCCACUACCCUCCGGCGGAAUCGCGCCAAUGACUCACUCUCUGAACCAUCUCACACCACAACCCGAACCGAUCACGCUCAUCAACUCUGCCGUCUCGCUGAUGCGCAAACAGAAAGCUGCCAAAAACGCCUCGUCUCUCUUGAAGCGCGCCGCAGCUGAAAUCGCUCGCGAAGCAAAACGCUCUCAAAACGAAUGGGAUACUCUCCUCAAACUCAGGGAGGCCGGUUGGAAUUUGAGGCCGAAAGGUGCCAGGCCGGGGGCUGAGCUGAGCCUGAUGGGAAGGGGUGCCGAGAGAGCAGCAAAAGAGAUCGGGAUAGCUUAUGCCACCACCGAAGCGGCUGAGGCUUUGCGCGCAUCGUCAUUCGCAAGUCUACAGCCCCUCAACCUUGACAAUCACGACUCGACCAAAAUCUCUCUCAAGCUACCUCCUCGCCCCAGACGACGGCUCACCAUCGUUCUCACCCUACCCAACCAACCGAUCGAGUGUUUCUCACCCUGGGAUAGCUGUAAUCUCCAGGAGACCGAUGCUCUUCCAUUCGGAGAAGACUUGGAGCUUGCGCGCGCCGAAGUUUUGGAAGAAGAGAUCUUUGGAGAGAUUUCUAAGGAAGCCCAAUCAUCUACUACCUAUCGAACCUCGACUUCAGAUCGCUCAGUCGUCGUCAAAGGCUUCUGGGAGGAUGCCGAGAUUUGUUUCGAAAUGCUUGAAAGUCACGAGGAGACGGAAAGCACCACUGAGAAGUCGUCCAAGUGCAGGCUCAUUUCGGCGCUGAUUCGACUCUUGAUGAUCUCAAUAUACAGAUCACGUAGAUCUUACGCCAUCGGCCUCAUCAACCCCAACACUCAACCCUCUCACCCGAAGAUCCUAGAACCAGUCCUUGACCUGAUCGUCUUUGCUAUUUACACACACCGGCUGCACAAAUUAUUUCGGGAAGCUGUCUCGGAUCUGAAGCCCACGAUGUUGGAAGUCGAAGGAGAGCUGGAUCCGAUCUUGGAAAGCGCCUCGGAAAUGGUCAAUCUGCUUUGCGGAAGGAGCCACACCCCUCCACAUAAGCUGGAAGUGGGUGGGACUGCGACAUUGCGUAUCAUGGGCCGACGCUCGAUCACCUUUUCUAUUACUUGUCCGGUCGUCAUCUCGUUCUGGUUGAAGGAUGAGCCGAUGAGAAUCGGACCUGACCAAUUGUACAGCGUGCUGGUUAAUGGUAUCAACCAGUCUAUCAUAGAUCUAUCGGUCGAGAUGAUCGGUGUUGAAGAAAUCAUGAUCAAACAAGCACCCACUGGCCUAGUCUGCCAAUCUAUCCGCCGUAAAAUAUUCUUGGCACCGAAGUUUCGAUUUGGCACCGGGUUGACAAUCAAAGUCCAAGAACUCGGCAGCGGCAAGACAACGAGCAGACAUGAAUGCAAGACAGAACAGUUGGAGCCAUCAUUAAAUGAUUAUCUCGGCCAAGUCGGAUUGGCCGAAUGGGUCGAAAGCCUAAAAGCAUAUAUGCUGGCUUGA